AUGAGUCGUGAUAGGUUUUGUGAAAUAAAAACAAAAAUAAAAUAUUCUAAACCUAAAGAUAAAAAUGACCAUGACAAAGCUUGGAAAGUCCGGGAAAUAUUAAAUCUAUUCAAAACAAAUAUUCAACAAUUUGGCUUUUUUAUGACAGCUCUUUCUGUAGAUGAAAUGAUGGUCAGAUUUUUUGGACAUACUUGCCUAAAACAAUAUUUACCUUGCAAGCCUGACAGAUAUGAACUAAAGCUCUGGGGAUUGUGUGGAGCAAAUGGGUAUUUGUUCAAUAUGGACAUUUACUGUGGUAAAAAUGAUACUAGCAUUGGAAUAAAUUUAGCAUCAUGUCCACUUGGAUCCAGAGUAGUUGUACAAAUGAUCAAUCCUCUUUUACUUGGCAUUUCAAAAAGAAAGCUAUUAGACUAUCACCUCUAUUUCGAUAAUUAUUUCACUAGUCCUGAUUUAAUUGUACACUUGAGCAAAUAUGGAUUGCGAUCGACAGGAACUGUACGCAAGGAUAGAGUGAAAGUAAAGCAUACUUUUGAAAAAAAAGCUCCGCGAGCAGUUGGUGUUACACCUAUAAAACCAAUAAAAAGGUAUUCACGAACUGCUAAAGAUAGAAUAGAAAUAGGAUUUCCUUUUGCCUUCUCACUGUACAACAAAUUUAUGGGAGGCGUAGACUUGCACGAUUUUCUAUGUAAAAAAGCUUGCCCAAGUAUUAGCUCAAAAAAAUGGACAUUCAAAAUUUUCUCGCGUAUCCUUCAAGCUUCAGUUACAAAUAUUUUAACACUUUGGAACAUUUGCAAUACCGACAAAACUAAACAUGUUACAACAAAAUAUUUAUGUAAAGAAAUCAGUAGAAUUAUGAAACUAGAACUAGAGCAGUAUGUAACUACAAGGAGUGUCGUCAGAUUUUGCAUUGAUUGCGACAAGUACUAUUGCUUGCACUGUUUUCCUCUUUUGCAUCAAGCGAAAUAA